AUGGCGGUGCUGGAGGGCCUGGAGUUUGGGAAGUCUGAUUUUGUCCUUCUGGACGAGGUGAACAUAGAGCAGUUUAUGGAGAACCUGAAGCUGAGGUUUGAGAAAGCACGUAUCUACACCUUCAUAGGAGAGGGGGUGGUGUCAGUCAAUCCUUACAAACAGAUGGACAUCUACGGGAAGGAGGACAUCAAUGCUUAUCGCGGCCGGGAGCUGUACGAGAACCCUCCCCACCUGUACGCUGUGGCCGACGCAGCGUACAAGGCCAUGAAGAGACGAGCCAAAGACACCUGCAUCGUCGUUUCAGGUGAGAGUGGUGCCGGAAAGACAGAGGCUAGCAAAUACAUCAUGCAGUACAUCGCAGCCAUCACCAACCCCAGCCAGAGAGCAGAGGUCGAGAGUGUGAAGAAUGUUCUUCUGAAGUCCAACUGUGUGCUGGAGGCCUUCGGUAACGCCAAGACCAACCGCAACGACAACUCCAGCCGCUUUGGGAAGUACAUGGACAUCAACUUCAACUUCAACGGCGACCCUACCGGCGGCCAUAUUAACAACUACUUACUGGAGAAGUCAAGGGUGGUGAAGCAGAAUGGAGGUGAGAGGAACUUCCACUCCUUCUACCAGUUACUACGGGGAGGCUCAGAUGAUAUGUUAAAGUCCCUUCACCUGCACAAUGAUCCUGCCAACUAUGUGUACACCAGAGAUGGAGCUGUCGCCACUACGUCCAGCAACGACCGGUACAGCCACAACACAGUGCUGAGUGCCCUGAACGUGAUUGGCUUCUCAGAGGAGGAGAUUCACUCCAUCUACAGAAUCCUGGGGACCGUCCUCAUCCUGGGUAACCUGCAGUUUGAGACAGACAGAGAGAGUGUCCUGGUGGUGGGGAUGGGGGACGUGAGUCACAUCGCUGAGCUGACCAGCACAGAGCCAGACAACGUGACCAAGAGCCUGCUGUACCGGACUGUGGCCACCGGGGGCGGAGAAGUCAUAGAGAAGGGACAUUCUGAGAAGGAGGCCUGCUUCGGCCGGGAUGCUUUCACCAAGGCUCUCUAUGAGAGACUAUUUGGUUGGAUUGUAGGCCGUAUCAACGCUGUAAUUGAGGUGAAAGACUACAACCCAGUGCUUCAUGGGAAAAACACAGUUAUUGGAGUGCUGGAUAUUUACGGCUUUGAGAUCUUUGACAACAACAGCUUUGAGCAGUUCUGCAUCAACUACUGUAAUGAGAAGCUGCAGCAGCUCUUCAUCCAGCUGAUCCUUUGCCAGGAACAAGACGAGUACAAGAGAGAGGGUAUCAUCUGGCAGCAUAUUGACUACUUUAACAACCAGAUCAUCGUGGACCUGGUGGAACAGCCCCAUAAAGGCAUCAUCUCUGUGCUGGACGAGGCCUGUCUCUCUGUGGGGAAGGUGACAGACACCGUCUGCCUGGAGAGUAUGGAUGCUAAGCUGGGACAACACCCCCACUACACCUCUCGCAAGCUCACGCCCUCAGACAAGACCAUGGAGUUCCACAGAGAUUUCCGUAUCCGCCACUACGCUGGAGACGUCACGUACUCCGUCGAGGGCUUUUUGGACAAGAACAAGGACCCCCUCUUCCAAGAUUUCAAGAGGCUCAUGUUUAACAGUUCCAACCCUGUGAUGAAUGAGAUGUGGCCUGAUGGUCAGCUGAGCAUCACAGAGGUCACCAAGCGACCCCUGACGGCAGCCACCCUCUUCAAGAACUCCAUCGUGGCCCUAGUGGAAAAACUGAGCUGCAAGGAGCCGUACUAUGUUCGCUGUAUUAAGCCAAAUGACAUGAAGUCUCCCGCGCUGUUUGACGAUGCCCGCUGCCAACACCAGGUGGCGUACCUGGGCCUGCUGGAGAACGUCAGAGUGCGGAGAGCAGGGUUCGCCUACCGCCAAGCCUACACACGCUUCCUACAGAGGUAUAAGAUGACCUGUGAGUACACCUGGCCCAACCACCUGAUGGGAACAGACAGGGAGGCAGUGGAGGCUAUUGUCACGCAGCAUGGUUUCCAGGAUGAUGUCGCGUAUGGGCAGGAGAGAGACGCUCUCAUCCCUGUCCUGGUGCUGUUCCUACAGAAGGUGUGGCGCGGGGCGCUGGCGAGGAUGCGUUGCCGGCGGAUGCGUGCCAUCUUUGCCAUCAUGGGCUGCUACAAGCGUUACAAGGUCAAGGUCCACUUCUGGGAGGUGGAGCGACGCUUCGCCAACGUAUGCAGCAUGGCUGACUAUGGGAAGAGCGUGGAGUGGCCCACACCACCAGCAGCCCUCACACAAUUCCACAGCAUCACGCAGAAGCUGCACCGCAGAUGGCGUGCGUGGCAGAUAGUGAAGAACAUCCCACCGUUUGACAUGGGGGAGAUACGGGCCAAGGUGGCUGCUCUGGGGGCCCUGAAUGGGGAGAGGAAGGACUGGGGCUGUGGUCGAUCCUGGGAGAGAGACUACCUGGCUAAUGUGAGGGACAGUCGUCAAAGCAGCUCCAACUUCAUACUAUUCUCCCAAGAGCUCAGGAACAAAGACGAGUACAACCAGGUCAUCUUCUCUGGAUUCUGUAGGAAGAUGAACAGAUUCAAUAAAAGCUCAGACCGAGCUUUACUGAUCACAGACAAACAUAUCUACAAACUGGACCCCAAAAAACAGUUUAAAGUGUUGAGAAGACUGCCUCUAGAAGUGAUAACAGGCCUGAGUGUCACUGCAGGCGUUGACCAGAUGGUGGCGCUACACACUUCCUCCCAGGAUGAUGUUCUUCUCUACAUCCAGAGAGGGGAGCUGUGCCCCGAGCAGGACCGCAUCGGGGAGCUGGUGGGAACGCUCAUCGACCACUUCACACGUGUGAGGAACACCCCUCUCCUGGUGAAGGUUUGCUGCUCGGCCAUCCAGCUGCACAUGCGGGGCAAGCCCAAGAGCGUAACCGUGGAGACCAAGGCCGGCCAGGCCAACGCAGACUUCAGGAAGAGCCGCGACGGUUUUACCCUCCUGAUCCCAUCCAACUGAGACAGUCACCACUAGCUCCCCCAGCCAAUCACAAAUCUGGACCUGGAAGCCAGUUCCUCUGCUGAUUUACAUUCUUCCUCUCUAAUAUAGGACUGAUUUAGACCUGGGACACCAGGUGGUGCAGUUCAUUAUCAGUUAGAACAGAAAAACCAGCAGUCCUCCAGACCUCCAGGCUCAGAGUUGAAUAUCCCUGAUUUAUCCUCUGGACUGUAUCAAAGGGCUACAGUAGAGGGAGAGUGAAUCCUCAAUCCAUUUCGCCACCCAUGCAGUACACAUAUUCUUCAAAAGAUGGUCACCCCUCUAAUGUCUGUGGUUCAGACCAGAGAUGGUCACUCUCUCUAAUGCCUGUGGUUCAGGCCAGAGAUGGUCACUCUCUCUAAUGUCUGUGGUUCAGGCCAGAGAUGGUCACUCUCUCUAAUGUCUGUGGUUCAGACCAGAGAUGGUCACCCCUCUAAUGUCUGUGGUUCAGGCCAGAGAUGGUCACUCUCUCUAAUGUCUGUGGUUCAGGCCAGAGAUGGUCAACCCUCUAAUGUCUGUGGUUCAGGCCAGAGAUGGUCACCCCUCUAAUGUCUGUGGUUCAGGCCAGAGAUGGUCACCCCUCUAAUGUCUGUGGUUCAGGCCAGAGAUGGUCACUCUCUCUAAUGUCUGUGGUCCAGGCCAGAGAUGGUCACUCUCUCUAAUAUCUGUGGUUCAGGCCAGGGAUGGUCACCCUCUAAUGUCUGUGGUUCAGGCCAGGGAUGUUGGUAUCGUCUGCUGUAAUUUCAGAUUCUUGGAACUUCAUCUUAUUGGAUGAAAACCAAAUCACUUUUUAAGGCAAUAGGCUUAGGAUUUCUCAUUGGAAGUUUGAUGUUUUAUUGUAUUAUACGGUAUAUGAUGCUUACAGGUAUAACCUUUUUUCUUACAGGUAUAACCUUUUUCUUACAGGUAUAACCUUUUUUCACUUUUUUUUGUACUUUUCCAAGGAUGAAACAAAGACAUAUAGCAGAGAGGCUGAAAUUACACAACCAAGAGUAGCAAUAUUUCACAUAGAUUAUUCAGACUAAUUUCUCUUUAAAAAAAAAAAAAAAAUUUACUAGGCAAGUCAGUUAAGAACAAAUUCUUAUUUUCAAUGACGGCCUAGGAACAGUGGGUUAACUGCCUGUUCAGGGGCAGAACGACAGAUGUUGUACCUUGUCAGCUCAGGGAUUUGAACUUGCAACCUUUCGGUUACUAGUCCAAUGCUCUAACCACUAGGCUACCCUGCCGCCCUCUUAGCUAGUGUGUUUUUAUAACUAGUGUGUUUAUAUACUGAGAUGACAGCUAUUUUACUGCCUUUGACCCAUGUUGCAUUAUCUCACCAUGCUGCCUUGAAAGGACACGAUGUUCAUAUCAUGACAAUGAAACAAUGAAGAAGUCAUUUAUUAAAAUGUAUUUUAUCUCAUUAUGGUGGCAAUGUUUAUUCUACCAGAGUAUAUUACAAUGUUAAGCAAUGACACCCGAGGAGGUAUACGGUCUGAUAUACCAUAGCUGUCAGCCAAUCAGCAUUCAGGGCUCGAACCACCCAGUUUAUAAUAUAUUUUAUAUUAUGGCCCAACUUUCCAGAGCCAGAUUAAGUCCAAGGAGAAUGAUUUGUCCCAGGACCAGGCCUAAUAUGGGUCAGAGAUACCAGCCCUAUAUAGUGUAAUGUAACUGAGUAUAUCCUGCUAAAUACCUCUCUCUCUCUCUUCUCUCUCUCUACCUUUCAAUUCAAGGGAUGUAUUGUCAUGGGACAUAUGUUUACAUUGUCAAAGCAAGUGAAAAGGAUGAUAAACAAAAGUGAUAUAAACAAUAAAAAAUUUACAGGAAACAUGACAACACACAAAAGUUCCAAAAUAAUAAUUACAUUUCAAAUGUCAUAUGUGCAAAUAGUUCAAGUACAAAAGGGAAAAUAAAUAAGCAUAAAUAUGGGUUGUAUUUACAAUGGUGUUUGUUCUUCACUGGUUGCCCUUUUCUUGUGGCAACAGGUCACAAAUCGUGCUGCUGUGAUGGAACACUGGUAUUUCACCCAGUAGAUAUGGGAGUUUAUCAAAACUGGAAUUGUCUUUCGAAUUCUUUGUGGGUCUGUGUAACCUGAGGGAAACAUGUG